UACAUGCCACCACAGACUGGAGUACAAGAACUCGUUCCGCUGAGUCGAGUGCGCAGUACUCCGUGUGCGUCUCUCCAAUCAAAAGAAAAUAUAUAUUAGAAAACAGGACUUUUACUUUUUCAACGUGGAACGGAUGCUAGGGACAUCAUAAACAACUUAUUUUUUUUUCACGGGAAAAGCACAAUAUUCACCUGCAGAAGGUGGCAAUAAUUUUCUCCAGUUGCAUGAGAUACGCACGCUUGUUUGUCUUAGUCGGGUGCGGUGUGUUGCAUUGUUCAUUUGGAUUUUAAAUCAUUCGAGGUACGCUCAUAUUGAGGGUCAUCCAGUCAUUCAAGUGGAUGUGUCUCAUUUGCUGUUUUACAAAGUUCCUUUGGCCAUCAUUUAUAGUGAAUACGCACCUGACCCAAGGAAGAUAUAUUUUUUUUCUUUAGUUCUCAUCCCAUGCCCGAUCUCCUAUGCAAUGCGCUGAUCACAACUUUACGGUCCGCUUAGAAGAUCUGCCGGAAAGAAAUUCUAACACCUCGGUGAUCAGGUUACUACGUCACAGCUUGCAGAAUCCGGGAGUGGGGAGAGAAGUUUGGGGAGAAUGAGUCGUCGGGUGCAGGGGAAGCAUGAGCGGCCGGUGUAUUACUGUUAGGCGGGCAACUCUGAUGGUUCUAUGGGAGUGUACAGCUCUAAGCCUCCUCCAGUGCUGGGUGGUAGUGGCGGAGGCCGUGGGGGCCAGCAGAACAUGGGUCGGGGCUGGAGACGGGACGGCUGCCAAGGCAGGAGGCUCCAGUGAUGCCGCGGGACCCUUUGCCUGGCUCCUGUCUGAUAAAGGGCCCUUUCAUCACUCGCAGGAGUUCUCAGACUUUACGGAGCGCUACCAGCAAGGAUUCACCACCAAGUACAAGAUCUACCGGGAGUUUGGCCGCUGGAAGGUGAACAGCCUGGCUCUAGAGAGGCAGGACAACAAUGGUCUGGCCCUGCCUCUGGACCCAGAGUUCCUCCAGACAAUCAGGCUCCUGGGCAGACGGCCCAGCCUUAGCUCCAUCACAGACAACAUCAUCAGGAAGUACGGGACACACUUUCUGCUCUCAGCCACCCUAGGGGGAGAGGAAUCGUUAAUGAUCUUUGUGGACAAGCGGAGGUUGAGUAGGACAGCGGAGGUGAGUGAGGCCAACAGCACGGCCGUUACUCUGGAGACCCUGCACCAGCUGGCUGCAUCAUACUUCAUCGACAGAGAGAGUACCCUGCGCAAGCUGCACCACAUCCAGAUAGCAUCAACAGCCAUUAAGGUGACCGAAACAAGAACAGGCCCUCUUGGAUGUAGUAACUAUGACAACCUGGACUCAGUCAGCUCUGUUCUGGUUCAGAGCCCUGAAAACAAGAUUCAUCUGCAAGGUCUCCAGACCAUCCUACCAGAGUACCUGAGGGCAAGGUUUGUGCAGGCAGCUCUGAGUUACAUCGGCUGUAACGAGGAGGGUCAGUUUGUGUGCCGAGACAACGACUGCUGGUGCCACUGCAGCCCUGGCUUCCCCCAGUGUAACUGCCCCGACAUGGACCUGAGGGCCAUGGAGGCCAGCCUAUCACACAUCAGAGACACAUGGAAUAUGGUCAACCAGGACUUUGAGGAGUCAGAGGAGUUCCAAAACUUUGUACGAAGACUCCCAACGUUCUAUGCCCUCAACACGUCUGCCAUCCAGUACUUCUGGAAAAUGGAGCCAGGCGUCCACCAGCGCUACAGACAGCUCGAGCUCAGCAGCAGACAACUCAUCACUAAAUCCCGACGCAUCGUCAACAAACUCUUCACCCUCAGCAAGAGGUGUCGGAAACAGCCAAAAGUAAUUGUGCUGAGAGAGAGGUCCUUCAGCUACUGGCUGAACUACAUCUUGUCCAUCAUGUACUGCAGUGAGAACAACCACAUAGGUUCCUACAUGGAGGAGACAAGGAGCUGCUCCUGCCCCUACGAACAUCCAUCUUGCCAGGGCAUCAUUCCAUGCACUGUGGGCGAGGCUUAUUUCUGUGCCUCCUGUUCCUACGAUAACCGCUCCCGCUGUGCCUCCUGCAACCCUGGGUACAUGCUUAGCCAGGGGCUCUGCCGCAAUGAGGUCCCAGACUCCACAGACCACUACAUUGGCUUCGAGACGGACCUACAGGACCUGGAGUUGAGAUACUUGCUGCAGAAGAAAGACACCCGUAUUGGCAUCCAUGGGAUCUUUGUCAGCAAUGACGUCCGGCUCAACAGCUGGUUCGACCCAUCGUGGAGGAAAAGAAUGCUGCUGACACUGAAGAGCAACAAGUAUAAGUCCAACCAUGUCCACAUGCUCCUGGGGAUGACCCUGCAGAUCUGCCUUACUAAGAACAGCACUUUGGAGCCAGUGCUGUCUGUCUACAUUAACCCCUUUGGGGGGAGUCACUCUGAGAGCUGGAUUAUGCCCAUAGACCAGAACAGUUACCCCGACUGGGAAAGGACUAAACUAGACAUUCCCCUGGACUGUUACAACUUGACUUUGACUUUGGGCAACAAGUGGAAAACGUUUUUUGAGACAGUACACUUCUACUUACGGAGCAGAAUACGUGCUCCAUCGCCCCAUGGGAAUGUCUCUGUCUAUUACGAACCUUUAGAGUUUUUGGAGCCCGGGAAGAACUUGGGUUACAUGAAAAUAAACAGUAUCCAGGUGUUUGGCUACAGUAUGCACUUUGACCCAGAGGCGAUCCAGGACCUGAUUCUGCAGCUGGACUACCCGUACACUCAGGGAUCACAGGACUCAGCUCUGCUGCAGCUGCUGGAGAUCAGGGACCGGGUCAACAGACUGUCCCCUCCCGGACCUCAGAUUCUGGACCUGUUCUCCUGCCUGCUGCGCCAUCGGCUUAAAUUAACCACCACAGAUGUUGUCCGAAUACAGGCUGCAUUGCAGGCUUUCUCUGCCAAACAGCCUAACUCCAUGGAAUACGAAACAACCAAAUUAUGUAGCUAAUAAGGUGCCAGAGUCCGGCUGCACAGAUGCUUGUGCAGCUAUCACACUGACCUGAUUACAGUUAAGAGCAAUUUUGGAAAGCACUGAGGGACAUUAUCUUGGUGGUUUUGAUGUUGAGAACUUUGGAUUGGGAUUCAUUUAAAAUGAUUAGCUUUUUGGAAAUGUGUAGUGUAAUAGUAACAUAAGGGGGCUUCACCAUGCCCACCUUGCCUGUUUACAUUAAAAUAAUAAAACCCAGACGUAAUGACCGUUAUGGAUAUCAAAAUAUAUAUCAUCCCUGAUAUGUUGCCUAUGUCCUGAAAUCCAUAGAUUGCACAGAUAUCACUAAUAGCAUAUAAUGUGGAGCUUUUGCUGAUGAUCUCAACAGUGUGUUUGGUUUGACACCAGCAUGGCUUUAUUUAGGUCUUUCACUUUGUAAUUGAACACACACCAUGUUUUUAUACUCAUCAGUUUAAUCCCCCUCCACCUCAUGACAAGAGUUACAUAGAAAUCAACAGUUUUAAUUCCUACAUUUUUUUUCUAUGUCUCAUCUUUGUAAAAUUGGAGUUUAAACAAUACUUUAGAUGUACAGAAAUAAAACACCAUAAAUCCAAUGGGUAGUAUGUUAUAUUAUAUGUCCUUUUAUUUUUUAUAAUGCAGUCCUUUGUGAACAUUUAAGGAACAAUGUCUAUAUGAUGUAUAACAAUAUUCUGAAGUUAUUUGUUAAUACACUAAAUAAAAGUCUUUUUU